GUUCACCUUUGAAGCUAUACGACAUGUGCUAGUCAGCCAGCUGACAGUUGUGCUCUGUUUUGAUUCUUGGCCAGACUCUUGAUACCUCACAUUAAUAGUUUGAGAAUUUUUUCUACCAGUGGUUAUAUGCAAUCGUAACUCGCUUCCGUGAAACCUGUGCACAUUCACAUUCAAUGUCACUCUUCAAUUAGUGGUACCAUUUGCAUCAGAUCAGAUCUGAUGGUUUUUUCUAAGACCUAAAAUUCACGUAUCUCUAAACAUAAUUGCUACAAUGAACAGAGUGAAUAUCUAUGUGUAUAUAUGUAUAUGCAUUUUUUCAACUUGUAUUAUAUGCGCAACAUAAAUUCUGUACAAUCUGCUACAAACUGUGUGAAUAACUACAAAUUGUGAAAACUAAUUUGAAUGUUAAACAUAAGAUAAAAAUGGAGAAAAACAGAUUUCAAAUCAUACAAAAUGAUGCUUCAGAGAAACAUGUUGAUAGUAAAAGUUUCAGAGAACCAAGUGGAUCCAGUUAUCAGCAUUCAGAAAUAAGCAGGACAUUUUCAGAAGAUGAGCUUUACAAAAGGUGUACAAAAGGUACCCAAAUAGAUCUUCCAUUGCCCUCGUGGAAAUAUUUGAACAACGCACAAAGAAUGAGACCUACAACAUCUGGAUAUUUUCAGAAACUGAACAGAGUUAAUGAUACGUACCCAACCUAUGGAUCUAAACAACCGUUUCACUUGACGCAAAGUGAAAUUACACUGAAUUCUCUGCAGCAUAGACAAAAUAACAAAUAUGUUGCUUUGGAUAUGAUUACACCUCCACACAUCGCACGUAACAAUUCAUAUAAUGAUAGUAAUUAUAUGGAACCAUUGAGCAGUUCGUGCAACACCUGUUGUUGCAUGUGCAUGAGUAACAGAAGUAUGCAAUCGCGUAGAACUUUAAACCUUGAGGAUGAAGAUAGUCCUCAGGGACUAUCGUGGAGGCGACUACAUAUGAGUAGAGCUAAGCUCAAAGCUACUGCAACUACUUCUGAACUGCUAAGUGGAUUUGCCAUGGUAGCUAUGGUGGAGUUACAAAUAAAUGAGCCGACAGCAGUACCAGAAUGGCUAUUUGUCAUGUUUGCUGUUUGUACAACUGUCCUGGUAUCAGUUCAUAUAUUUGCGCUUAUGAUUAGUACGUAUCUCUUGCCUAAUGUCGAAGCUAUAAGUAAACUGCAAAUUGCUCGGUUAGUAACUGAAUCCCCUCAUGAGCGGAUGCGUGGCUUUAUAGAACUGGCUUGGGCGUUUUCAACUGUCUUAGGGCUAUUUCUCUUUUUGGUAGAAGUAGCUAUUUUAUGCUGGGUUAAAUUUUGGGACUAUUCAUUUACAGCUGCCACAGCUAGCACAAUUAUUGUAAUUCCAGUACUUAUUGUUUUCAUAGCAUUCGCUGUACAUUUCUAUCAUUCUUUGGUUGUCUAUAAAUGUGAAGCCACUGUUUCAGAUAUGAAAGAGUUAGAAAGUAUCCGAAAAAAUUUGGAUAAUGUGACAAUCAGUCAAAGUACCGUGUGAUUUGUGUCAAUUUGUGUCUACUGCAUUAGAGGAACUGGGUUCUCCAAUAGUUUGACAAAAUGUGAAUUUACAGUAUGAUUCUUAACCAUCCACCUAUCAACAACAUAUAGAUGCACAAUUGUCGACUACAUGACCUGUUGACUAUGCAUAAUUAUUUUAAGUGAUUUGAUUGGGCUAAAAUGAAGAAAUAGUAAAGUCUGAUUAUACGAAUUUACUCAAAGAAAGCUUCUAUCGAAA